GACAUCUCGUGCGAAUUCACCGUCCGUCUGAUGUACGCCUGCCGGGACAUUUUCCAGGCGUACAACAUGAGCGUCACCGAUCUGGCCAUCAAAUCCAUCCAGGGCAUCGCUUCCCUGCAUACUCUGCCCCGUUCGCGGGCCAUCAUUGCGUUCCAGGCCUUCGUACUGGUCCUGAAGGAAUUCCUGCCCGAUUUCGUGCUACCUGCAGAACCAGAAUGACUUCUCCAAAACCGAUCUGAUCCUGUCGAAGCCGAACCUACUCGCGGCCAUCAUCAACGCCCUGCACACGCUGAUCCAGCACUACAAGAUCACCUGGAAGGAGUGCAUCGAUUCGGCCACCCUGGUCAACUUCAUGCUGAAUCUCCUGGGGAAUCCAAACCUGCCGCCGAGGCACGUGGUCCUGGCGCUCAAGCUCACUCAACUGUCGAUCGAACACGGUCUGUCGCCCAACUUGGCCCUUCUCAUGGACAACAUCCAGGGAUCCGGGCUGGAAUACGUCGGCCGCAUCAUCUUCACACGGCUGCACGAUAUCAACUGGGAGGUCCGCGAUUCAGCUCUGGAGCUCCUGGCCUCCGUAGUGGAAAUCUCCGAAAUCAAAUUUCCAUCCUUCCAGAAGCACAUUCUGGACUGCAACAUCAUUCCGGUGGUGGAGGGCGGCGGCCAAAAACGACUCGGAACCGUACGUGCGCGCAUCGGCGCUCCGCUGCCUGACGCUCAUGGUCAAGAUACGCCUGCUGUGGGAGCACUCGCUGGCGCAGUUGAAUCUGAUG